AUGUAUAAGGAAGAUGAUGUCAAUAAGGCAAAAGCGGUGAAGAAGAUGCUUAUUGAAGAAAGGCUAUGGGACCAAAUUGAUUUCAUAGUUGCAUUCAUGGGUCCUAUAUAUGAGAUGAUAAGGAUGACAGAUUUGGAUAGACCUUGUCUUCACUUAGUUUAUGAGUGGUGGGAUGUGAUGAUUGAGAAAGUGAGGAAUGCAAUUUAUAAGCCGGAAUUUGCAAGUGUCUUAGCAGAGAAGGAUGUAGAGGUUCAUAAUCGGGUUCCUCCACAUAGAGAUCCCGAGCUCAACAAUGAAAGGAGGAAAUGUCUUCAAAAGCUCUUUCCGGAUUCCCAAGUUCGCAACAAAGUGAUGGAGGAAUUUGCCUAUUUUUCAUUGAAUAUGAGGGAUUAUUCAACACCCGAAGCUUUGGAGAAUAAGUUUCAUUUUGAGCCUAUAAUUUGGUGGGCAAGUUAUGGAGCUUCUACACCACUUCUUCAAACUUUAGCUCUCAAGUUGCUCAAUCAACCUUGUUCAUCUUCUUGUUGUGAACGCAAUUGGAGCACAUAUAGUUUCAUAUAUGGUUUGAAGAGGAACAAGUUGGAGCCAAAAAGAGCUCAAGACUUGGUUUAUAUUCAUACCAAUCUUAGACUUUUGGCUAGGAGGGAUCCUAACUACUACAAAAACAAGGACACAAUGUGGGAUCUUGCGGGGGAUGGUCAUGAGUCAUUGGUGGAGGAGAAUGUGGAUAUGCUAGAGCUUGCAACUUUGUCCCUUGAUGAACCGGCAUUAGAGAUGGUGAUUUUCAAUGAUGAGAUGGAGUCUUGA